UUUAAGGUCGAAGGAAAGGGUAACGGAAUCAAAACGGUGAUAGUCAACGUCACAGACAUUGCCAAGGCGCUCUAUCGCAAGCCGAUAUAUGAGGAUGAGCAUUCUCCGGUUGGCGAAAACGGUCACUGCAGUCCGGUGAGGGCGUACGAUGGUGACGAUGACGACGAUGUUGACUGGGGCGAAGAUACCACCGAAGAAGCACAACAACAGCGAUUGGGUGAACUCUCAGCCUUGGCCAGGCGUCUGGCCCUCAGUGCGGAUGUGGAGAAGUCGGAUUCUGAACGUGCUGAUAUAUUCCUUAAGCAAGUGGACCAAAUGAAGAAAAAAGGCGACAUUGUAGUGCGCGCCCAUGAUUUGAAGAUGGAAGCGGAACGGCUUAAGCUAGGAAGUCGUGCUGUCUUAGUCGUCGCCGAAGUUCUUCUUUCGGAUCCCAAUACUAUGCUUUCAGACAUUUCCACAUACCGGUCUGUGUUCAUACAAUUCACGAGAACUGGCGAGCAAGCCCAAAAGGCACAAGCUUAUGUCCUCGGAGCAAUGUCCAUUAUAAUCGACAAGAAUUCUUCGAGCAAUUUAAUGGACAAGGCUUGUCAUAUUCUUAAAAGCUUGUACGACUGUGAUAUUGUGGAGGAAGAGGUUAUACUCUCGUGGUUCGAGAAAAAUUCGCCCGAAGCUAACAUAGAGAGCGGCAGUGAUUCUGUUGAAGACGACGAUGACGAUAUUGACAUAGAUGCAAUAUGA